AUGGCUCGCACUAAGCAGACAGCUCGCAAGUCCACCGGCGGGAAGGCGCCGCGCAAGCAGCUGGCCACCAAGGCGGCUCGUAAAAGCGCUCCGGCCACCGGCGGCGUGAAGAAGCCCCACCGCUACCGCCCCGGCACUGUGGCUCUGCGCGAGAUCCGCCGCUACCAGAAGUCUACCGAGCUGCUGAUCCGUAAGUUGCCGUUUCAGCGCUUGGUGAGGGAAAUCGCACAGGACUUCAAGACCGACCUGCGCUUUCAGAGUUCGGCUGUGAUGGCGUUGCAGGAGGCGUGCGAGGCCUACCUGGUGGGACUCUUCGAGGACACCAACCUGUGUGCCAUCCACGCCAAACGUGUCACUAUCAUGCCCAAGGACAUCCAGCUGGCCCGCCGCAUUCGUGGGGAGAGAGCCGACUAUAAGCACAUUUACUUGGAGCUGGUGUACUUAGUGACAGCCUUGGUGCCCUCGGACACAGCGUGCUUGGCCAGUUCCCCCGGUAGCAGCAGGCGCACGGCCGUCUGGAUCUCCCGGGAAGUGAUGGUCGAGCGCUUGUUGAGCAAGUCCGGCAGUUGCUACAGUUGCAAACAAGCUUCACGGUCUUUUGUCAUGGCUCGGACGAAACAGACAGCGCGCAAGUCCACCGGCGGGAAGGCGCCGCGCAAGCAGCUGGCCACCAAGGCGGCCCGCAAGAGCGCCCCGGCCACCGGCGGCGUGAAGAAGCCCCACCGCUACCGGCCCGGCACCGUGGCCCUGCGCGAGAUCCGCCGCUACCAGAAGUCCACCGAGCUGCUGAUCCGCAAACUGCCGUUCCAGCGCCUGGUGCGCGAGAUCGCGCAGGACUUCAAGACCGACCUGCGCUUCCAGAGCUCGGCCGUGAUGGCGCUGCAGGAGGCCUGCGAGGCCUACCUGGUGGGGCUCUUCGAGGACACCAACCUGUGCGCCAUUCAUGCCAAGCGAGUGACCAUCAUGCCCAAGGACAUCCAGCUCGCCCGCCGCAUUCGUGGAGAGAGAGCAUAAAGUGCACUUUGGGCGAGUACCAAAACACAAAGGCUCUUUUAAGAGCCACCUACGCUUUCAUAUUAAAG